AAAAGUAACGUUUGAGUCAAAGACAGGCAGAGUGUAAAAGAGACUGCCAAAAUAAAUAAGAAAUGCGAAGAAACAAAAUCAGUUUUUCAAAGAUUGAUCAGUUCUUACCAGUACAGAAUCAAGACGAUUAGCCUUACUUUUUGAGAUUUCUGGUUGUUAAAGUGUGAAAUUUUGUGUUGUAGCUCGGAGAAAGUGUUGUACACCAUUAUGAACAUAGUAGCUAGUAGUCGAAACCUGAGACCUAAUGGACUAAAGACUGGCCGGGUUCUUCAGUUUCUAGUGGGAUUGGUUGUUUGUGCCUGGUUGGUGUAUCAAAUAACACAACCGCAGCAUGGUAGUGUGAGAACCAAAAUCAGGGUGGAUGAAGGUGUACAUAGUUUAGGGCGCAAACAGACUGCCGGGCAGUUGAAUGUUGGAGGAGAAAACUUAGACAUGAGCAACGGGGAAGGGGAGAUGGUGGAAGGAGAGUCGUCGAGCAGCACAGAAGGGGAAGGGGAGAACAUUCAGGUCGAUUUGCAGGGUGGUGGCAAAAGAGGUGAAAUAGCAUUUGCAGAUGAGACUAACAAAAACGAAGAAGGGUCCUCUAGCAAUAAGGGCGAUUUGCAAAGUGGUAAAAGAGGUGAAAUAGCGUACUCAGAUGAGACUAACAAAAACAACGAAGGGUCUUCUAGCAAUCAGCAGGGUGAUUUGCAAGGUGGCAAAAGAGUUGAAAUAGCAUACUCCGAUGAGACUCACAAAAACGACGAAGGGUCUUCUACUAGCACAGUAUCUGAAAAUUUACUUGAAACUGUGACAUCUUACAGGGGAAGUGAUGGGAAAGAUGUUUCGCAAGAUAAAGAUGAACCGGCGAUAGAUCAAGAAGGAGAAGAAAAUAGUGCAGCAACACAGAACACCACCAUCAGAAGCCAAUAUGAUGUGUUCAGCGACGAGAAUGGUAUUCCUAAGGAAAUGAGAGAUGGUUCCAGUUUGAAUGAUCAAAAGUGAAAGCUCUUAGAGUAUACCUCUGUGGAGAAUUGCAAUCAUUUUAUGGAAACCAAGUCUCAUUUGAUCAAUGACUUGGGAGCCUGAUUCUUGUUAUGACUUGUAUAGAUGCAGCAGUUGAAUACUCUAAUGCUUUUAGAUUCUCACAAAUUUUUGAACAGAUAUUUAUAUUCACGUGACUUUAUUCUAAUAAUUGAUGUAGAGUAAUGAAUAUAAAAGGUUAUGAAGCC